AUGCUGACACGUCGUUUGUGUACCCGAUCGCCCACUACCUCGCGCGUACUGAGCUCAGCUGGCGGGUGGCGCAAGCACUGCUGGAAAACUCUACACAGCGAUUUUCGAAAGCCUGAGCUGUCCAAGUAUCACGCAGUGGCAUGGACGGGUUGCUCGUUGACAAUCUACAACGUCAGUGACUCGCGAGUAACGAAGCAGAUUAACUUUGCUAGGGAAGUGUUCGAAAAUGGCAUUCCGCAAUAUGGUAGUUGCUGGGCGGCUCAGAUUGCAGUGGUUGCUGCUGGAGGCCAUUGUGGAAUGAACCCUCGAGGCCGCGAAAUGGGUAUUGCUCGCAAAAUUGAGCUGUCGCCAGAGGGGCGUGCACACCCAAUGUUUGAGGGUAAACCAUCGGUCUUUGACGCAUUCACCAGCCACAAUGAUGAGGUGACUCACAUGCCUCCUGGGGGACUUACUCUUUGUGGCAAUGACUUUACAGCAGUGCAGGCUGUAGCAGUGCGCUACAAAAAGGGGGACUUCUGGGCUGUGCAGUAUCACCCAGAGUACGACCUACACGAGCUGGCUCGACUAACAUACUGCCGUAGAGCAAAACUUGUGGAGCUGGGAUUUUUCGCAGAUAUGGAAAGUGCAGAUCGAUAUGUCGACGAUCUUGAAAUUCUGCACAUUGAUCCGUCUCGCUACGACAUUGCAUGGCGCCUUGGAUUGGACGCAGACGUCAUGGACGAAAACAUUCGUCACUGUGAGACGCGCAAUUUUAUUAAGUAUCUCGCACUCCCAUACAAAUUGGCUUUGGAAGCCAUUUAA